CGUGCCCGGUGCAUGUCUCCUCAUUCUGCUACGUUUGUUCCUCAGCGUUGCCCACCAUGUCUUUCGACCGCUUGAAUUCCCUUGAGGCUCAAAACAACUUCCGCCGGGAAGAUGACCCGCAGUACCGUGACGACCCUGGCUUCGACAAUCUGGCUGAAUCUCUUUCGGAUCAGUUGUUCACACUGACUUCCAACAUCUCUCGCUUGUCGAACCAGAUUGCACUCCUCGGAACGAAGCGGGAUACUGAGCGCGUGCGCGAACGGGUCCACAAUCUGUUGGAGGAGACUCGAACGGGAUUCAAGGAUGUUGGAGAGGGCCUCAAGAAGAUCCAGACAUGGGAGGAUGUCAAUCCUUCGCAAAAAUGGACACAGCAGAAGCUCUCGUCCGAGUUCAAAGCAAGCCUGGAUGAAUUCCAGACCGUCCAGCGCCGUGCGUUGGAGAAGCAACGCGCAUCGGCAGUCGCUGCUCGAACAGCCAUGGAUGAAGGUGAAGCAGGCGUUGCUGAUAGCGAAGGCCAAUUCCAGCAGCAGCAGUUGGAAGAGCAGUCUCGCCUGGCAGACCAGGGCGAGGUCGACUUCCAAGAGUCCCUGAUCAUUGAGCGGGAGACCGAGAUCCGCAACAUUGAACAGAGCGUGGGCGAGUUGAACGAGCUGUUCCGUGAUGUCGCACAUAUCGUCCAUGAGCAGGGCGGCCAGCUUGAUAUUAUCAGCGAGAACGUCCAGAACGUCAACCAGGACACUCGCGGGGCGAAUACCGAGUUGCGCAGUGCCAGCAGAUACCAGAAGAAUGCGCGCAACAAGGCGUGCUGUCUGCUUCUCAUUCUUGGCGUUAUUCUGGCCAUUAUCAUCCUUGCUGUCGUCCUCGGAUAGACCUGGUUUCUCGUUCUCAUCUUGCAGUUUUGAUUUCAUUUUGGCGGUUGAUCCUCUCUGUUAUGUCCUCGCACGAUAUCCCCGAAGCAUCAUGCAAUCACGGUCUCCGUGAGCAUUUCCUCUUGUUCUCAUAGUUUCUUAGUGUUUUGACUCUGGCGUAUAUGGAAUGGAGAACAUCGCCUCCUCUAAGUCUUAAUAUUGUGCAAUAUCGUACAGGUGUGUUU